AUGUUCCGUUGGAAGAAGUAUUUGACUUGGAAGAAAUAUUGGAUUUUAUUCAUUGUUAAUAUCAGUUGCAUUUUAUACUUCUUGCAUUUCUUCAUGUACCGAACAUAUCAACGUGAUCCGUUUACGAUCGUAUCAACAAAUUUUUCUGAUAAUUCAUUUAAUGAAACUUUAUUACUGGAAAAUACUUGUAAAUUUCCAAUUAUUGAACCAAAUGAACCGAAUUUGGAUGGUUAUAUCGAGCAUUACAGAUCUAUCCAUUGCAACAGCCAAAUGCCAAAUAUGGCUUCUAUGGACGAUGGAUAUUUGAUUGUCCAUGGUGAAUUGGAACCUUGGAAGCAAAUUCGACUUCCCAAAUACAAGUGCUAUUAUCAAGGUCUCAGUGGUGGCUUAUAUCCAAAUAUUAGUUGGUAUCAGCUAAUUGAUGAUCCCAUCGAGAUAGCACCGAGUAAGCGACUUCGUAUUCCAUACGAUCAGUUUAUUGUGCGAUGUUACAAUAAAACAUUACUUGGAAAAAUUAGCGAUAAGCCAUUUUAUAACGAAUCUAUGUUUUAUGAACGAGCUUUUGUAACAUUUUCCAAAAUGGAUGAUAUGCUCAAGAAGAAGUUGGAAUUCAAACGAGCAGAUCCAGAAAAGCCAUCGCUUAGUAUUCUCGUAUUAGAUUCAGUGUCGAGAAAUCAGUUUCUGCGACAUAUGCAUAAAACUGUUGCAUUAAUGAAACAACUUGGUUUCAUCAUUUUAGAAGGGUACACAAAAGUGGGUGAUAAUUCUGCUGUGAAUUUGUUACCGAUAUUAGCUGGCAAAUCAAUAUUACCACAAAUUGGUGGCAAUGGGGAUGAGAUUUUACCACUAAAUGAAAUAGUUUCUCUGGAAGAUAUUGAUUUUUUAUGGAAAAUGAUGAAAGAGAGAAAAUGUCUAACUAUGAUAAAUGAUGAUAUCGGUAGUGUAUCUCGCGGACUAUUCUACUAUCCAAAGGAGAAAUUCCAGGGAUAUAAAGCGCCACCAGCGCAUUUCUACUUUCGACCUUUUCACCUAUUCAAUACUCGUCAUAAUGUAAUCCCUGCUAGUGGUCAGUGUUUACGAACCGGAGAGAUUUGUGCUGAAGUUUAUUUGGACAUAUGGGAGACAUUUGCGACUAAAUUCAAAGAUUUGUGUCAUUUUUCAUUCAAUUUUAUAACUGAUCUAACACAUAAUAAUCCGAAUUAUAUUGAAGUAAUCGAUGAGCGAUUGUCAACAUCCUUACAACGUUUACAUGGCAGCGGUGUGCUCAAUUCCACUGCAUUGGUUAUUAUGGGAGAUCACGGGAAUCGGAUUGGUUCAAUUCAACGAACUUAUAUUGGUCGCAUAGAAGAACGAGCACCACUAUUCAGUAUCAGAUUACCCGAUGCUUUUAUUUACAAAUAUCAAGAAGAAACAAAAAAUUUGAUGAUGAAUACGAAAAGAUUAACGAGUAACUUUGAUAUCCAUCAAACACUGAAGGAUAUCUCGAGAGCAGAAUUUCGACGAAAUCGAUUCUAUUAUGACCGAAAAGGUAGAGGUAUUAGUUUAAUGGAUGAAGUAGUAAACAAGGAUCGAACUUGCGAGGAUGCUGGUAUUCCACAAAAUUUUUGCUUAUGUAUGGAACGAAGAAAUUUGCGUCGAUUAAACAGUACCUCAACAGAGUUUAAAAAUUUGACAAAGUUAGCAAGGAAUACUAUCGCAAAGAGUGAUUGCUUUGAUGUUAAACAUCUGCAAAUAAUUUCGGAAAGAAUUGAUGUAUAUGCAAUUAAUCAAAUGGUUAGACAAGGAUUACGCGAUCAAACUGACUGGCCAAAAAUCCGAUGGCAGCAAGCAGAAUUGGAAAUAAUCUAUUUUGAAAUAAAUGUUACAGUGCCUAUUUUAACUCAAAAUUCAAUAAAUCGCAGAAUAUCUAUAUUAUUCCGUGUAAAACACUAUGUUAGAGCGGGUGAAUAUGCACUAGUCGGUGACCCAUUUGUUUAUCACGAUGACUUCGGUUGUGCUACCAAAAAGUUGGACGCAUUUUGUUCGCAUUGUAUUUGA